AGCGGUUACCCGAUGCGGUAAAGCACGGUAUCAAAACUUUUGACCACCGCGUGCGAUGCGCACGCACCACCGUACCACCGUCGCCGAUGACGUCAUCUUCGCGGUAUCCGAACGCACCGAAACUCGCUCGCAGCGCAGCUCGAGGUCUUCCCGGUCGAAACGGUUCCGUUCAGUACGGGCGUGUGCGUGCCAGCUCAAGGAAGGCGACGGCUCAUCUGGGAUGCGUUCUGUGGUGCGGUUUUUCAGCAGCAGCAGCAGCAGCAGAAUCGGCCGCCAUUUAUACAUCGCAGUGGUGGUUCUACCGUGCGUGUUUGUGUGUAUGUGGUGUGAUGCGUCGUUCUCGUCGUUGAAGCUAUAGUCGGUAUCGGCGCGACCCACUGUGUGCAGAAAGAAAGCAUAAACAAUCAUCAUCCGUCAUCACAGUGUGCCGUGCUGCCAUAAAGUGGUUGAAGGAAGUGGGGUGAAACAAGAGCGGCAGAGGCAUGUAACUGGAGCAAAGUGAUAAAAAGAGUGCACACGCUCGCGAAGAAGCGCGAGCACGAGGAAGAAAACGGACGGCAUAAAUCAGCAGGUGUGCGUGUAUGUGUGUGUGUGUACGUGCAUUGUGUUGUUGUUAAAGAGACAAAAGAGCGUGAAGAGCAAGUGCGUGAAACGUAAAUGUCACCGUGUUCGAGUUUUGUUGUGAAUCGUCUCUGCGGUUGUGUGUGUGUGCGCGCGCGUGUGCAUGUGUGACGUCAGCAGCAAAGUAACAACAUAUGCCAGGAUGGCGCUCGGCACCUUUGCCCCUACACAGCUGCUGGAAUAGUGGCCAGUCCAGCGCCAGUCUAGCGCCAGUCGGUGGAAAAUAAGUUAAAUUAAUUAACUACCGUGUGGCAAGUUCAGUGCAAGUGAAUCAGACCACGGACCGUGGUGUGUGUCUGUGUGCAUCGUGUAACCGAAAAGCGGCGAUAGUGGUGGCGUGUACUGAAGCGUCAAGAACUACGAGUUACAAAAAAAGGGCUCAGAUAAGCAACCGUCGUCAUCGUCAUCGUUAUCAUCAUUUGCCAUCAUUAACAAACCACGGCAACACAUCGGCACGUUGGCUUCGUUUGGUUGAGCGGCAGCGUACGUAAAAAACGUGCGGCACGAUGUCAUCCGAUAAGGUGCCGCCGAUAUCGCCAUCGAAAAGUCGCAGACAACUGCGCGAACGCAAACAGAAGAAGCUGUACUCGGACGACUGGACGCUCGGCGACGAUGAUUACGAAGGGGCGCGGGGAUUCAGCGUGGCGGAAAAGCUGGAAUCGCCACGAUUCGCCCAGUCCGGCAUGGUGCGCGAGAUGAAAGGCGAAAAUCUAACCGUCGGGUUUUUGCAACAUAAUGGCUUCAACAUUCCGCUACUGUUCAAGGAGAAAACCGGUCUCGGGCUGCAGGUGCCGACGGCCAAUUUCUCCAUCAGCGACGUCCGGAUGUGCGUCGGGUCGCGCCGCAUGCUGGACGUGAUGGACGUCAACACGCAGAAGAACGUCGAGAUGACGAUGAAGGAGUGGGAGAAGUACUACGAGGACCCGGUGAAGAAGAAGCUGCUGAACGUGAUUUCGCUCGAGUUUUCCCACACCAAGCUGGAAAACUACGUGCAGAGUCCGGCGAUCGUGCGCCAGAUCGACUGGGUGGAUGUGGUGUGGCCGAAGCAGCUGAAGGAAUCGCAGGUCGAGUCGACCAACCUGCUGAACGACAUGAUGUACCCGAAGGUGCAGAAGUACUGUCUGAUGUCGGUGAAGAACUGCUACACCGACUUUCACGUCGACUUUGGCGGUACGUCCGUCUGGUACCACAUACUGCGCGGCAGCAAGGUCUUCUGGCUGAUACCGCCCACCGACAAGAACCUGCAGCUGUACGAGAAGUGGGUACUGUCCGGCAAGCAGUCGGACGUGUUCUUCGGCGACACGGUGGAGAAGUGUGCCCGGGUGUACCUGACCGCCGGCAACACGUUCUUCAUACCGACCGGGUGGAUACACGCCGUGUACACGCCGACGGAUUCGCUCGUGUUCGGGGGGAAUUUUCUGCACUCGUUCGGUAUCGUGAAGCAGCUAAAGAUUACGCAGGUCGAGGAUAAUACGAAGGUGCCGCAAAAGUUUCGCUAUCCGUUCUUCACCGAGAUGCUCUGGUACGUGCUGGCGAAGUACGUGUACACGCUGCUCGGCCAUUCGCAUCUGGAGGGCGAACCGGGCCGGGAGCACGAGCUGGUCGGUAAGCCGCACGUGCAUCUGACGCACUACGAGCUGUUCGGGCUGAAGGACAUCGUGAUGUACCUGUACGACCUGCCCGCGCAGAAGAAAAACGUGCCAGAGCUAAUCAAGGACCCGGUGGCACUGAUCAAGGACGUGCGGACGCUGGUCGAGCGGCACUGUAAGGACAUUCCGGAGCUGGCUGUGACCGGUGUGCCGGUGCUGCAUCCUGACCUGAACGUCAGCAACAAUUCGUACAUCCGGGAGCACUAUGAGUAUUAUUCGGGCGACGGUGGAGGAAACCGUACGACCGACAACGAGGGACCGCGCGAUAGCCGACGGGACCGCGAUGAGGACGAGGAGGACGACGAGGAGGGCGUUGAGGAGGCAGAAAACCGUCGAAGAAAUGCGGACCAUGAGCGGCAACGGUUGCAGGAGGUGGAGCAGCAGGAGGGAAACAAAAAUGGUGACAACCGAAUGGGGAAUGGUGGAAGUGAAAGUGUAGCGGAAGCACAUUUACAAUCUCCACACGCACAACAGCCACAUCGGCAGGUCAUUGUAGAGCAGCAGCAGCAGCAGCAGCAGGAUCAGCAGCAAAAUCAUUCCCAAAGUCGUCACAGUCAUGCGGUGCCGCGUAGUAGGGAGCAGUCCGGUGAGACGGCCGACGGUGAUGCAAACGGCACUUCGCGUUCGCCGAUCGGUAGCUCCAACGGGGGUACCACGAUGGGACCGCCGGCAAGGUACAACAACCAUCAUCACGGCAACGGUGACGAUCGGAACUUUGUGUCGCCGCAGCCAACCAGCGGCAACCGUCUACCGUCGAGUGGGGUGGGCCGCGGACCAUACAAAAAGCACGGCACCGGCAACAGUGGGCACGGUGGGGAGAAACGGGACGGUGGUGGUAACGGACCGCGCAGGCGCCGGACACGAUGCAAAAACUGCGAAGCCUGUCAGCGGUCCGAUUGCGGGGAGUGUAGUUUCUGCCUCGAUAUGGUGAAGUUUGGCGGGCCGGGGCGGGCGAAGCAAACGUGCAUGAUGCGCCAGUGUCUGCAGCCGAUGCUGCCAGUGACGGCGCAGUGCAUUCACUGCAAUCUGGACGGAUGGCGCCAGGCGCCGAUAAUGGCGCCGGCGCAAGCGAAACUGCAGGCCCAGAUGCAGGAGGGCCCGUCCGCGCUGAUGGAGUGUUCGGUGUGUUACGAGAUUUCGCACCCCGACUGCGCGCAGCGUGCUGCCCCGGAGGCGCAGGGCAUCGUGAAUGACGAUCUGCCGAACAGCUGGGAGUGUCCGUCGUGCUGUAAGUCGGGCAAAAAUACGGACUACCGGCCUCGACACUUCCGAGCGCGGCAAAAAUCUUCCGACAUACGGCGCAUGUCGUGCAGCAGCGACGCAUCCUCAGCCCACAAUGCCGAGUUCGGUCGGAUAGGUGGCAGCGGGCAUGGUGGGGCGGGAAGUGGCGGCGAAGGUUCGAUGAACAGUACGGGUGAUGGUAUGAUGGCGGGAGCGAACGUUUCCGCUCCGAGGGCACCACGCUUCCAGGACGAUAUGCUGUACGAUUUUGCGGUGUCUGGCAGUGCGGUCAUUGUAGGGAGUAAAGGUGGCAACAUCCUGUUCGAGCGAAAACCCAAGAUAAAGGACGAAGAUAUGUCCAGCGGGUCGGAAUAUGACGCUUCCGGGGUGGGCAAGAAAAUGCACCAUUCGCUGAACUCCUCCCCGGGUGCGGGCACGGCGAUGGGCGGCGGCUCGAUGAAGGUGGAGGUAAAGGACGAACCAUUGGAUCAUCAUCCGAAUCAUGGCUAUCCGGCGAAUCACCAUGCAACCAGCGUCAUUAAAGAUGGCCGUGAGAUGCAGCGCGAGCAGGCGCUGUCAUCGUCGUGUGCGGCGUCAGCGGACGGUGUUGCGGUGAAGCGAAGAAAGAGUGAUGAAGGCGGUGCCAUAAACACACAUCACCAUAGCGGUGGAACCGGUACAGGUGCUGCGGAUGGCAAUGAAGCGAAGAACAGUCACGGUGGUUCGCUUCCGAGGAAAAAGUCCUCCCAGCGAAUGCAGCUGGCGCAUCAGAUACACAGCACGUCGACGAAACCGAUGAAGAAGCCGCUGUACCCGAUCCGGCCGGCUUCGGUGGCGCACACGCCGACGAUGUCUUUGUCCGGGAACUACGCGCUGGACGCUCCCUGUUUGUUGGCUGUGUUUCGCUACCUACCCCCGGAAACGCUCGUGACCUGUACGAUGGUGUGCAAGACGUGGGCUAACAUAGCCGUGGAUCCAUCGCUCUGGAAGCGGAUGAACUGCGCAGAGUACAAGCUAUCGCCGAACCUGCUGUCGGCGAUAGUGCGCCGCCAGCCCGAACAUUUGAUCAUGGAUUGGAUAGGGCUGGGCAAGCGGCAAGUUACGUGGCUAAUAUCGCGCAUUCCCGGUCUUAAGAAUCUCUCCCUGCAGGGCACACACAUACAGGCCGUGCUGGGGCUGCACACCUGCAUGUGCCCGCCGCUACAGGUGCUGGAUCUGAGCUUUAUUGCUGGGCUGAACGAUUUCGCCAUCCGGGAGAUUCUCUCCCCGCCGAAAGAUUCGCGCCCCGGGCUAGCCGAUUCGAAGUCCAGGCUGCGCAACCUGAAAAUGCUAAAGGUGGCCGGGGCGGACAUCUCGGACGUGGCGCUGCGCUACAUCACCCAAGGGCUGCCGAACCUGACGCAUCUCGAUCUGAGCUCGUGCCAGCGCAUUACGGAUGCGGCAAUCGCACAGAUCGGUACGUCGCCAGCGGCCAUCAAAACGCUGGUCGAGUUAGACCUGAGUUGCUGCAAGCUGAUCACGGAACUAUCGCUUGACCAUCUGGCAAAGUGUGAUGCCCUGACGCGGCUUGAUCUCAGUCACGUGCCGCAGGUUUCCACCCAGUCGAUGAUCAAGUUUGCAUCCAUCUCAAAGAACGACCUGCAGCUACACGAUAUUAAGCUAGUUGACAAGCGGAAACAACCAGCCUCCCAACAGCAGCAGCAGCAGCAACAACAACAGUCGUCAGAGGCACAGUGAUAAGCUCGUAUUCUUUCUUCUUUUCCCCAUCCAAACGUCAAGAGCUUCUUGGUAUCCAAGGACACUGUAAAACCCUGCAGCACAGGGUUUCGAGAGCUUUUUCUUGGUGACGAGCUAUUGACACUCUAUCCCCGGAAUAUAUGAGCAAACAAACACACACACACACACAUCGGGGUAGUGAAGGUGAAGAAAUCAACAUUUCGAAAUGAAACCAAAGACUAUUUUUAAGUUUUAACAAUUCUGCUGUUUAAGUGAUUAACAUGUGCACAACAACAACAGCAACCAUGCAUUUGUGGGCGUACACAUACACACAGGCAUGUGUUUACGCAUGCUGUUGUGUCCGUUCAGUUAUGUAUUAUUUUGUAGAAGUCCUCGCUCUGUGCCCCUCAUGCAAACCAGCAUCCCUUGUGGAUGGUCAUUUACUACAUUUAACUGUGUUUAUGAAUUAAGCUAACAAUAGAAAGGAUAAAGUCUAGAUACUAUAAGAACACAUUACGUUUAUCGUCGAUAGGCCAUGCUUUAGGGACUAGUUCAUGCAUGCAUCUGGGCACUGUGACGGAAAUCGAAAGACGUAAAAAGCGGACCUUUUACACGGCAAUGUUGCUAGCUAGAUACACUAUAGCUAGAUAGAUUGUGUGUCAUCGGUGAAUAGAGUGGCAGGUAUACGACCCCCGUUUUUUAGUAUCAUACACUUUUUAAAACUUCCCAAAAUUACAAAAGUGGCCUAAGUUUCCUAAAGUUGACAGCUUUGUCGGUCGGUUUCAUGAAUCGAAGCAGAAAGAAAUAGCAUUGAUUUUUAUGCAGCAUUUUUUUUUUUAUUUCAAUAAUUUACCAACCAAUGAUUGGUAGUGCAAUUAUAAUGCAAUAGCAUAACCAUGCUUGCGAGAUAUCGAAAGCAAAAAAUAUGAUAGGGAAUGUGUGUUUUUCUUAGCCCAUAUGUUAGUGCAAGUAACGGCCGUGAAGAUCGUUUAAUAUGUAGGCAAAAGAGUGUGUGUGUAUACAAACCUGGCAAUAAUCACCUCACCUGUUUGUGGUUUGAGUUUGUUUUUUUUUUGGAGCAGAUUCCAACAUGCAUUAUUAUUGAUAUACUAAAUACAUCUUUCAGUUUAACACGCAAAGACGCACAAUUCGGUUUAAAUGUAGAGUUUGUUCGUUGGUCCUAGUAUCAACAGUAUUCAGAAGUAUUGCUGUUUGUAACAUUUAACGCUGUUUUUUCCCAUCAGCUAUUUCAUAAAAAAGCAAACCCGAUGCACGUAUUGUAGUGAUAAUAGAUGAAGCUGUAUAAAAUACCCAGAUCAAACAAUUCCAUCAAUAAUCCCGCAUAAUAUGGAUGUUUAGAGUUGAGAAUUUGAUGUUGCAUGAUGUAGAAUACAAAACACGCCGAGGGAGAGAGGUAGAGAAGCAAGCAAACGUAUGGAUUCAGGCAGAAAUUUUGUAAGUAUUGCAAUGCAAUAUGAAUAAAUUGGCUCAAAUUACAACACCAAGUGCAAUGCAUGUUUGCAGUGUAGUGUGUAUAGUGGCUCCCCAAAACAGUGUCUAGUUGGAAACGUAUUGUAAGUGUUUAGUGUUUCUGCAGCGCCAGCAAACAAAAUCAGCCCCUUUUCCAGGCAACUUCUAAACCCGAUAAAAACAGGCCACGUGAAACGGGUAUAGGUUUGGAGAGUUUAGAUAAAUAAAGCUAACACACAUCUAGCGGCGUAAGAAAGCAUAUUGUAAUGUAGGAAAAAAAGUGCAACUCUAAAUGCAUACCAAUUUAGAGUGCCUCCGAAGUCAUAGGGCGAGUACAGAAUAGAGGAAUAGGAGCGACAAGCAAGAGUUGCGUGAGGACAUUUAUCUUAAAUUCACACACAACACACUCUCAACUGCAAUGGAAGAUUGUAUAGUACAUCAUUUGUAAAUAAACCCUUGCAAAUAUGAUAGAAAAAA